UCCUCCCCGACCCACUCACGGGAUCCUCCCGCACCCCGACCCGCCAAGCUCCUCCCUGGAUCGGCCCAGCCCAAGGGCACUUCUGCCCCGAUCCGCGCUCCUCCCGGCACCCGCUCAGGGCCGCACCCGCGUCCCCGCCGCCCGCCGCGAUGUCGCUGCUCUGGCUGGUGCCCGUCGGGCAGAAGCUGCUGCUCUGGAGCGCGCUGGGCGCCGCGGUGCUGGGCGCCUUCUCGCUGCUGCUCAACUUCCUGCGCAUGGUGACGUUCUACUCGCGCAACUGGCUGCGGCUGCGGGUCGUGCCCACCGUCUCGGGAGCCCUGCCCUUGGUGGGACACGCGCUGGUGAUGAAGCCGGACCCCAGGGAAUUUUUUCAGCAGCUAAUUACUUAUUCUGAAGAAUACCGACAAAUGCCACUGAUAAAACUCUGGCUUGGGCCAGUGCCAUUGGUAGUCCUUUACAAAGCAGAAAAUGUGGAGACAAUUUUAAGCAGUUCAAAGCAAAUUGAUAAGUCCUAUAUGUACAGGUUUCUAAAACCAUGGCUUGGCCUUGGCCUCCUUACAAGCACUGGGAGUAAGUGGCGCUCCAGGAGGAAAAUGUUAACUCCAACGUUCCACUUUACAAUUCUGGAGGACUUCUUAGAUGUCAUGAAUGAACAAUCCAAGAUACUGGUUAAGAAGCUCGAAAAACACGUUAACCAGAAAGAAUUUGACUGCUUUUUCUUCAUCACUCUUUGUGCCUUAGAUAUCAUCUGUGAAACAGCAAUGGGGAAGAAUAUUGGUGCUCAGUGGAAUGAAGAUUCUGAGUAUGUUCGAGCGGUUUAUAGGAUGAGUGACAUAGCACUUCAAAGAAUGAAGAUGCCCUGGCUGUGGAAUGAUACUCUAUUCCUUUUGUUUAAGAAAGGACGGGAACACAGAAGGAGCCUAAAGAUAUUGCAUGAUUUUACUAACAGUGUCAUCACUGAAAGGACCAAAGCAAUGCAGAGAGAGGAAGAAUGCAAAACUGAGAAUAGCAGCCCCCGCAAAAAACGCAAGGCUUUCCUUGACUUGCUUUUAAAUGUAACUGAUGAUGAAGGAAACAAGCUAAGUCAUGAAGAUAUUCGAGAAGAAGUUGACACCUUCAUGUUUGAGGGCCAUGACACCACCGCAGCUGCAAUAAACUGGUCCCUGUACCUGUUGGGCACACAUCCGGAAGUGCAGAAAAAAGUGGACCAGGAACUGGAGGAAGUGUUUGGGACAUCUGACCAUCCUGUCACAGUAGAGGACCUGAAAAAACUUAAAUAUAUGGAAUGUGUUAUUAAGGAGGCUCUUCGCUUAUUUCCUUCGGUGCCUUUAUUUGCUCGUUGUCUUAAUGAAGAUUGUGAAAUUGCGGGUUACAAAAUUGUGAAAGACUCUGAAGCAAUCAUCUUUACCUAUGCACUGCAUCGAGAUCCAAGGUUCUUCCCAGACCCUGAGGAAUUCAAGCCAGAAAGGUUCUUUCCUGAGAAUUCCCAAGGGCGUCAUCCAUAUGCAUAUGUGCCCUUCUCUGCUGGACCCAGAAACUGUAUAGGUCAAAGGUUUGCCAUGAUGGAAGAAAAGACCAUUCUUUCCUGGAUCCUGAGGCAGUUCUGGGUAGAAUCCACCCAGAAGAGAGAAGAACUUGGCGUGGCAGGAGAUCUGAUUCUUCGUCCAGUGAAUGGCAUCUGGAUCAAGUUGAAGAAGAGACACACAAAUGAAUCUUAGCUAUGUGAUUAGGCUAUGCCUUUAUCAUGAGAAGUCUUUACUAAAGAGAAGCUUUGCAAUGAUAAUUUAUAGAUUUUGAGUUUGAAAUUAUUAAUCCCUGUACCUAAUUUUUCUUGUCCCACAAAAUUGAAGUUAGCACUACCAAAUGCAGCAUUUUAAAAAAUUCAUCAUCACCAGAGAUAUUAUGCUGUUAUUUGAUACCUACGUAGAGUUAAUUGAUGUUUUUCUUUUAGUAAGCACAUAAUAAGAUUAUCAAUAGACACAUUCACAGAAAAUUCAACUUUAGUGGACAGACCCAAAGGGUAUGUUAAUGUUCAAAAUUUUUCUGCUGAUUCAGGAAUAAUUAUAAAUAUCUUUACCUAUACAUUCAAAUUUGAAAGAUAAUAUCAAGUCCUUUAAUCUCAGUAUCUUACAUUUUUCAUACAUCAACUAUGAGAAUAAUUGCUCUGACAUUUCUCAUGUUUUUAUUACAUAAAGUAGGUAAUAUAUAACUUGUCAUUAUAAUAACUUAAUAUUAUAAUAUAUAAUAUAUUUUAUGCAUAUUUUCUUUAGCCUUUAAUCUUAAAGCUCUUAUAUCAUUUUUACUGCAUCACAAAUAUGUCAUAUUGAUGUAGGCAAAAUAAAAAAGCCCCCUCCCAAGACAAUGGCAACAUUUCCUGGGAAGAAAGAGCCCAGAAGUUGCUGUGAGGGCCUGAUAAGACCCUCAGAAGAAAACAGGAGAAAAAAGGAACAAAAGCCUGAUAAGACCCUCACCCAUCUACAGCAACAGACUCAGUGAAGCUCCUGCAGAAAUAAAAGGCCAGGAAAGGAAUUUCAAAGAAGACCACACCACUCCCAACCUCCCUUAGCAACAGAUUUUGACCUAUGUUGAAGCCCCACAUGGGGGCAGGUUGGAGAAACCCUAUAAAGACCACCUUGAAUAAAGGAAGGGCGCCCAUAUGCUGCCUGACCCCAUGUGCUGCUUGCGCCCGUGUGAUUGAGCACAUGCCGUGCCCGAGCACAUGUGUUGCCCACAUCUCCCCUCGUGAAAUGUGUAUUUUCAUGUCUAAUGCUGGGAUGUAUGUAGGGGCUCUCUCCACCCUUGGAGAAGCCCAUGUUCUCUCUUGAGCACGUUCUACUCUCUCUCUCUCACUUUGUUUCCCUCUUUCCCUUCAAAACCUCCAAAUAAAAACUGUAAUUUCACUGCU